AUGGCGACACCUAUUGAAAGUCCUCUUCUUUCAGAGCCUGAGGUUGCUCCUCCUACAAUUUCAGACACCAGAAAGAGGUUCUCAGUAUAUCUCAAGCUAUUCUUAGUAUUUGCAUCCAUAAUUAUGUUCUUUAUGGGCAUCAUUGUUUUAUGCGGAUGGUUGUGGUAUUACCCUCAAAUUUCUCCACCAAGUAUCAACAUCGAGAAAUUUUACGUUCCCGGACUCGACACAGCUUCAAAUGACACAGAGAUCAUCAGCGCCACGACGAUAUCUUUCGAGCUUUGUUUCUCGUAUUUCUCAACCAAGCGCUUCGAGCGGAGGAUUUACUACGAUGAUGUUCAAAUGGCUUUUUAUUAUUGCGGUACUAAGUCAAAUGCUCUCAUCGGAAACAUUACUAUACCUGCGUUUCGUCAAAAUCCGUACUCUUCUUUUGGACUUUAUCGUGCCGUGAGAAUUGAGACUUCUGGGGUACCUUGGGAUGAAGUUAGAAAAGAGGUUUCAAAUGGGGGUACAUCCAUGUUUCAUGUCGACUUAGAUACAAAAUUUGAGUACUCUACUGGAUGGUGGAAACCAGAUUUGAAUUUAGGAGCUAACGUUACCGUCAAUGAUCAUGGGAUGAAGACUGCCAAAUACUUGCCAUUUAAGGCUAACUAG